GCCGAGCGCCUGCAGCUCGCGCUCGACGACAUGACGGACGCGCAGAUCGACGACAUGCUGCCCACCAUCCUCGGCGAGUGGCCCAACACGUACACGUUCACGAAGGCGCUGGCGGAGAAGGAGCUGCGCCUGCACGCCGCCGGCAUGCCGCUCGGCGUCUUCCGCCCCGCCAUAGUGACAUCGACUGCCAAAGAACCUUUGAAGUGCUGGUUGGACAACAUGUACGGCCCCACCGGCGUCGCCGUCGGCAGCGCGACGGGCAUGCUGCGCACGCUGCAGUGCGACGCGCGCGUCACCGCCGACCUCGU